AUGGCUUUAUUCAGCUUCCUCAUUCUGACUUCCCUGUGUAUUGCGGGCCGAGAGGCCCUCAGCCUAUCUGAGUGCGAAGCUUUUGCCAGACGACCAAAAUACACUGAUAUCGCAGUGGUGUGUGGCACAUCUGCCAUCGACCUGGCUAUUCAAAUCUGUCCGGCCAUCUACACCGGAUACAACGCGAGUUUACUGAUCCUCAACCGUAUCCGGGACAAUGUGGACUGUCAGGGGAAGCUGGACACCUCUGUGGCGCCUCCUGUGGUGAGAUUCAGCUUCCCCAUCACAGAAGGAAACGCCUGUGGGAGUAACUUCUUGACAACGAGCGCACCAGGGACGGGAAUAUUCUCAGACUUCUCCAACAUCCAGACCGUCAAUGUCAGCGGAGUGGUCCGAUCUUUCGACCCCACCAUCGGGACCAUCACCUACAAUGCAGAGCUCAAGUAUUACUAUUCAUGUGCCUACCCACUGGAGUAUCUCAUCAACAACACCCAGGUGGAUGUGUCAUCCUCCUCCAUUGCUUUGAAGGACAACAAUGGGAGCUUCAUCAGCACCCUCAGCAUGGCCUUGUACCAGGAUAUAAAUUACACCACGCCCCUUGUAAUGCCAGCUCUGGGCAUCGAGCUGCGGACGAAAAUCUACGUGCAGGUGGUUGCAUCCAACCUGACAUCCCAGUACUUUGUUCUCCUGGACCGGUGCUACGCCUCGGUGUCUCCGCAGCCCUCCAACUCCACCUCCUUUAAUCUGUUUGUCUCGUGCUCCAUAGAUCAGCUGACUACCAUGCUGGAGAACGGGGAUAGCCAAAAGGCCCGCUUCUACUUCUCGGCAUUCCGCUUCAUCGAGCAGCAGAAUGAGACCAUCUCCACCUACUAUCUGCACUGCAUCACCCGACUCUGCGAGCGCAGCACUUGCAGCACCUUCAAGCAAUGCAACAGGAAGAGAAGGAGUGUGGAGACCACUGUUGUCCAGGAGAGCAUCACAGAGCCAUCUGUGCUCACAGUGGCUAUAAGGGCCAAGAGAGAGAGCCCCAUUCUGUCCAAAGAAGAGGCGCUGUCUGGUGGCCAGUCUGAUGGCAAGGGCACGUCUGUUGGUCUGGGAAUUGCUGUGGCUGUCCUCAUUGUGAUAGGGAUGGCAGCCAUUUUGAUGGCUGCAUCCUUUUAUCGAAAGCUGAAGCGGCUAAGCUAGCAGCAGCACCAUAAUGUUGAUGAACGGAGGGUCAGCACAAGCUCAAUGACAUGAUGAGUUAAAUUCACAUACUGGUGGAGGUGCAUAAUGUAUGUAGGACUCUGCUUUACUAAAUUAAACUAUUGAUUGUAGCACUUAAUGUUUCUUCCCAAUCCUUCACAGACUGUUACAAGUUAUGGAAGGUGAAGUCUGAAUAACGCACUUAUCAUGAUGCAAAACAAAGACAGAAAGGUAGAAAGGAAGGAAGAAAGAAAGAACUCUUUAGCAGGGUUGAAGCAAAAAAUGAUGCAUUAAAUUUGGUUUGUUGCCAGUGUGUAAAUAUUCUUUGAUUCAAAUACUCAGACUUCUCAUUGAUAUAACAUACAGAUAUGAAUUAUGAACAUGAAUGACAAAGACAGUGGAUUGCACACCUUGUAA